GCGUGUCUUGGUCGAUUUGACUAUCUCUGUUAGAGAAGAGAAAGCUGGAGGUCCUCUCAACUCUAGUUCUCUGUACAGUAUCUGCCGUUAUGCAUUGUGGUGUUGUGAGCUGACAGUAUAGCCAUUGGUCGCUCCCCUCGGCCACUGUCACAGUAAGGACUGGUGUUACUGAAGAUGAAGCUGAACUGAGGGAAGUGGGUCAUUACUUGGGGCUGUGUAAAAAUCUAACAAGGUCUUAUUCGCUAGUGAAUCUCAGUCAAGGUCAAGAAGAAUUGAUUCUCGGUCAAGAGGAAGUGAGUUUCAGCAAAGGAAAAUGCUUCACCAGAACCGACCCGUGAAUCCCCAGUACGGAGGCCAGGGAGGCAGCUCCUCUUCACUGCGGAUACUCAGCAACAACAGCCAGCCUCAGGAGGGCAACAGGAAGCAAGGCAAGAAGGACGGCAACUUCAACUUCCUGGGUCAAGACGAUGACAUCAUGAUGGGAGGGGACGAGAACCGCAACCAGGUACGUCCUUGUAACCUGGGCUUGUUGGGCCACGACCAGCCCCACCCUCCCUCCUCCUCAUCCUCUUCCAACCACUACGGUCCGGGGCCCCCGUCUCCACUCUCCCGCCUUCCCUGCUGGAGCCCCCUGGAUCCCCUGCCUGAGAUUGAGAGUGGAGACAAUGGGUACAGAAGAGUCCCCCCCGACGGCGCAGAGGAGGGCAAGAUACAGGAGGAGAUGGGGAGGAUGAGCGAUGACGAGAAGGAGAAACAAGAGCUGAGGGGAGGCAGCAUGAAACAGGGAGUGGUGGUGGAAGAGGAGGAGGUGGAAGUGGAGGAUUCAGAGGAAUGGGGCAACAGCGACUCAGAGUUUGAGUUCAGGUCCAGCGGCAGCCUGUCCUCUCUCAAUAUGGAGAGUGGAGGCGAGGGGGCUGGGAUGGGGGGGUGGGGCAGACUGGGGAACAGCCUGCUUGACGGGGGAACGUUGUCGGACUCGGACACGGACUGCGGUGAGCUGCCUGAGCUGGAGAAUGCCGUGUGGACCCUGAGGGACCGCGAGCGCUUCAAGGCCCAGGAGAUGGAGAAGCACCAGGUCCAGCUCACCAUGUACCGCAGGCUGGCUCUGAUCCGCUGGGUUCGCACCCUGCAGGGCCGCGUCCAGGAGCAGCAGAACCGCCUCCAGUCCAGCUUUGACGUCAUCCUCGACCACAGGAAGGAGCUGCUGCGCAUGGGUGCUGGCACCAAGGCAACUGCCACCGCCAGCCAAUCGUAGAGCAAGAAGGAAGAGCGGAGGCCAUAACAGGAAGUGGUCACUAGCAGAGACAGGACAAUCUUUGAAGGGGAAUACAAAGGCAUUGUUGCCAUUGGCGAUGGUUAAUUUAGAUUAUUUUGUCCCAGGCUUAACUUUCCCUGAACUAGACAAUCUCCAAGCCUCCUCUGAGAUUUUACUCUGUUGUGGUGUUUUAAUAAGUGGAUAAUGCAAUUUG